UCCAUCCUGGAUUUGGCAGACAUCUUCGCACCUGCCCCGGCCCCACCCUCCACACGCUGCUCUGCUGACCCAUGGGACAUCCCAGGUCUCAGGCCAAGCACAGAGGCCAGCGGCUCCUCCUGGGGGCCUUCUGCAGACCCCUGGUCUCCGGUCCCCUCAGGAAAUGUUCUGUCUCGAAGCCAGCCCUGGGACUUGACUCCUACACUCUCCUCUUCUGAGCCCUGGGGCAGGACCCCAGUGCAACCUGCCGGACCCCCCACCAAAGACCCCUGGGCACCUAACUCUCCCCACCACAAGCUUCCCAGCACUGGGGCUGACCCUUGGGAGGCUACCAUGGAGAUGUCUGACACACUUGGUGGUACUUCAAACUUUGACCCAUUUGCCAAACCUCCAGAAUCCACGGAGACCAAGGAAGGGCUGGAGCAUGGCCAGGCCCUGCCCUGCAGGCAGCCCAGCAGCCCUGUGGAGCUGGAUCUGUUUGGAGACCCCAGCCCCAGUUCCAAGCAAAAUGGCACGAAGGAGCCAGAUGUCUUUGACCUGGGUGUCCUCGGGGAAGCGCUAACCCAGCCUGGCAGGGAGGCCCGAUCUUGCCGGACUCCUGAGUCCUUCCUGGGCCCCUCAGCCUCUUCCCUGGUCAAUCUCGACUCACUGGUCAAGGCUCCCCAGGCUGCAAAGUCCCGGAACCCCUUCCUAACAGGUCUCAGCGCUCCGUCCCCCAGCAACCCGUUCGGCCCGGGCGAGCAGGGCCAGCCCGCCCUGAGCCAGAUGCGCACCGGGUCGCCGGCGCGGGGGUUGAGCACUGAUCCAGGCCUCGGGCGACCGCCGCAGCUCCUGGAGCCACAGCCUGACGACGUCCCGGGGGCCGAGACCACGCCCUCGUAA